UUGCAACUGUCCAGACCAGACGGAAUACUUGACUUGUUUCCUUCCAUGCUUGCAACGGAGGGCAUGCACCGAUGCUCGCACACAAACUUCAGCGCCGCUUCGAGAUCCCAGCGAAUCGCACAAGCACUUCCGUCAAAUCGGGGACGGUUGCCGCGCGCGGUGUAUUUCGCGCGUCGUCUCCCUCGCCUCCCGUCCAAGUCGCCGAGUCGUCGUCGUCGCGCUCGUCACCGCCACUUCUUAUAUCGGAGCGACAACUCCACCGCCCAAACACUGGUAGUCUACUGCACCAUCCAUCCAUUCGCGAUCCUUGGCCGCCGCGCGAGGCACGGGCGCCGGAAGUGUAGCUAGUCUAUUCGCCAUGCUCCAGGCCAGGUCGGAGCGGCCUGCGGCGAGCCUGUGGGUGCCGGGGAUGAGCCCGGGGGCGAUGGACGCGGGGUCGGCGAGGGCGCAGGAGAUCGCGCGGAAGCGGGAGGAGCUGCUCGGGAUGCUGCACGACCUCCCCGAGUCCGAGUACGAGCUCUCGCUCACCGACCUCGUCGAGGAGGCCGGGGGCGAGGCCGCCACCGCGCCCGCGCCGUCCGAGGGGAAGGAGCCGGGGCCGGCCGCGCGGUCGCUGUCCGGCAGGCAGGUUCAGCAGCAGCAGGCGGCGGCGGGGAGGCCGGAGCGGAGGCGGUCCGCGCGGCGGCGGGACAGCGGGAGCGCGAGCAGCUUCCGCAGCAGCAGCGACGGCGUCCUGCUCAACUUCUACAUGCCGCGAUCCCUCACCCGGAGCUUCACCGCGCCGCGCCCCGGCCGGACUCCCAGCGUCUCCUCCGAGUGCAGCAAGAGGGAGAGGGACACGGACGCCGAGACCGUCAAGUGCUGGUCGCUGCUGUGGGAUCGGCGGUGGUGCAAGUCCGGCCGCCGGGACCCGGGCGCGCCGCCCAACGAGUCCACCAUCCGGGCCGCGUCGGCCGCGAUCCUCAAAGCGGCGAAACACUCCGCUUCCCCGGCCAAAAUCUGAGUGAUGUCCCGUUGUCUGCUCGAAGUAUUAUGGAUCGAAGUACACUUUUUUUUUGUGUGUACCUGUUGCAUGUAUUUUUUUCCUUUGUGAAAGUGUUGCCUGCAUUGCAGGCUUACAGCUCUGUACACAGGCUUCGUAUGUGAUAGGUUACCAUACAGAUAUUUUUGUUUA